CUUAAAUUGAGCCUCAUUCCAUCCAUGUUACUACAUGUUACCACUUACGUACCACAGGUCUCUACGAACUCCACAGUGGAUCCCUACACAUUCCCCAGUUUCUCCACCUGUCCACCGUAUCUCUGACCCGUGACCGGCGCAAAUAUUUACAAUCUUCACCCACUCAAGUCUCAUCACUCGUCACCCACAGCACUUACAUUACAUACGUAUACUAGACGACCUAUACGCCAAGCAUGGGUUCCACAAACACUACCGCGCCCACGGGCGGCGGCGCCGAGGGCAUCAACAACUUUGACGUCUUCAAGAACGACAUCCUCAUGCUGCACGUGCCUCUUCCCCCGGACCAAGCCUGGAUCGACAAACUUGAGAACAAGUACCCCGGCUUCAAGGUCCGGUGGGUACACCGCUCAUGGCAAGACUACGGCAAGGACGACGAGAGCACGACGGCCGAGCAGUAUGAGGGCGUCACCAUGUUAUGCUCCUAUUACCCGCACAAGGCCGAGUUGUUGCCCAAGUUGAAAUGGGUACAGCUCACGAGCGCGGGGGCUGACCCGUGGCUGCAGCAUCCGCUGUACUUGAACAAGGAGAUAGUCUUUUGUACUGCCAACGGGUGUCAUCCCCCCCAAAUAGCCGAAUGGGUCAUUGGCACCUACCUCAUGCUCUCUCACCACUUCCUCCCUUACCACGACGCCGCCACUCAGCACGGCCAAUCCCAAGUCCUGCGGCACCUCACCACCGUCGACUCGCCCGGCAUGCGCAUGGGUAUUCUCGGCUACGGCGCCAUCGGCCGCCAAGUCGCGCGCGUCGCCCAAGCCUUGGGCAUGGAAAUCUACGCCUACACGCGCCGCCCCAAACCCACUCCCGAGUCGCGCAAGGACGACUCUUACCACGUCCCCGGCACCGGUGAUCCGGACGGCAUCAUCCCAUCGAAAUGGUUCUCCGGUUCCUCACGGGAAGAUAUCGACCACUUUCUGGGUCAAGACCUCGACAUCCUCGUCGUUUCGCUUCCGCUUACGGCGUCGACUAAGCAGAUUAUCGGAAGGAAACAGUUCGAUAUCCUGGCGAAGAAAAAGACGUUCCUGUCGAAUAUCGCGAGGGGCGGACAUGUGGAUACCGAGGCGCUGGUGGAGGCGCUGAAGGAGGAUAAGAUUCGGGGCGCGGCGCUGGAUGUUACGGACCCCGAGCCACUGCCUCAGGGACACGAAUUGCUGAAGAUGCCGGAUAAGUGCUUUGUGACGCCGCAUGUGAGUUGGCAGACGCCGUUUUACUUUGAAAGAGUGAAAGCGAUUCUGGAGGAGAAUUUGGAGAGGUGGAGGGUGAAUGGGGGGCCGAGGGGGUUGGUGAAUUUGAUGGAUCGGGAGAGUGGGUAUUAGGCGGUGUUUUGGGGAUAACAGGGGGGGGGGGGAAUUAGAUAUGGAAGUGGGAAAUGAACUGGGGGCGGGAACAGGAACGGGAACGGGAACGGUGACGGGAAUGGACACGGAAAUGAGAAACAGGAUGAGAGAGAGAAGGACGGUGAAGAGGAUAAAACAAAAAGGAAAGGUGAUCAUCAAUGAUACAGUUUCACCGUUUCACCACGGGCUGGGACUGUCGAUUGUCAAAUCAUGUGAGAAGAAAGACAAUAAACAAGAAAAAAGAAAAAAGAAAAACAUACAACACCAGGG